UUGUUAUCAAAAGUUAUUGUGAAUGACAAAGAAUAAAAGUGAAAAUAAUUCUUUCCAACACAAAUAAAUAAACAAAAAAAUAAUAUCUGUAAAAUAUGGCCACUAAUGAUAAUUCUAAUAAUAAUACAAAAUCAAAACCAAUUGAAGCCACUAAUAAAGAAGAAGCAAAUAAACAGGCAACACAUAAUGCUCUACUGGAUUCACCAAUACGAGGACCAACACUCUCAACCAGCACAUCAAGUUUUGAAGCUUUAGAUCCUCAUGAUCCAAAUCUAAGUAAAUUGGCCAACAAAAUGUUUCGAAAAACUGAAGAAUAUAUAACAAAUGAAUUGCAAGCACCUCUAGAAGAUUAUCAAUUAUUGGAAAAUAUGAAUCGUGCAACUAUAGCAAAAUAUUCCGAUAUGCGACAAAUAUCGGAAAAUCUAAGUCUAUCAACAGCGGAAUUAAGUCAAAAGUUUCAGGCCUUGAAACCUUUAAUGCAACAAAUUGAUGAAAUUUCCGAUACUGUGGAUAAACUAGAAGCGGCCGCCUAUAAACUGGAUGCCUAUUCUAUAGCUUUAGAGAAUCGUGUUAAAUCUGUUUUACAACGAAAAAACAAUAUGUAAAAAUUUUUAUAAAAAAAAUAUAACUAUUUAUUAAGAUAUUAAACAUCAAACACACAUUUAUAUUUAUUAUUUAUAUUUAGCCUAAUAUUAAUUUAAAUAUUAUGGCCACUAUAUUAAGAAAUAUCAAGGGAUCUGUAAUGUAUUAAGAAAAAAUAAACUCAUAUUAAUGACAAAACCUUAA